GACUAGUGAGGCACAUAUAUAGGCGAACAGGUUGAAGUGGUUACGUCUUCAACAUUUGUUUUCUGCAUUGUUAUCAACAGCCAAUAUUCAGGAAUGUCAUCCCGAAGCCACAUUAUGACUUCGAGAUAGAUAAUUAUUCUGGAAAAAAUUUGCAGACGUGCCUAAAAUUAAUAAGGCUUUAACUACCCAAUAAAUCAAUGUGCACCACCGUUCAAGUGGAUUUAACUCAACGUGGAUUGCAUUGUGCAUUUUUGAGAAGAUAAGGUGGACAAGAAUAUGAGCACUGUAUUUCAGCAGCAAGCUGUACACAGCCCCCUUGAGAAGCAGCAGGGAACCUCAAUAUUGUGCCACAACUGUGGGAAUGCCUGCAGAGGAGAAGUCCUUCGCGUGCAGAACAAGUACUUCCAUAUUAAGUGCUUUGUCUGCAAAGUUUGUGGCUGUGACUUGGGCCAGGGAGGUUUUUUUGUUCGACAAGGAGAAUAUAUUUGUACUUUGGACUAUCAAAGACUUUACGGAACACGAUGUUUCAGCUGUGAAGAAUUUAUUGAAGGGGAGGUUGUUUCAGCCCUGGGCAAGACUUAUCAUCCACAAUGCUUUGUUUGUGCUGUUUGCCGGCAGCCGUUUCCUCCUGGAGAUCGAGUAACCUUUAAUGGGAAAGAAUGCAUUUGCCAAAAAUGUACACCACCUGUACCCCCUGGAGGCCCUGUCCCUCUUCAGGCAGUCCGAAAUUGUUGUGGCUGUGGAAAGGAAUUUCAAAAUGAACAGUCCUUAUUAGCUCUGGAUAAACACUGGCAUCUUGGAUGUUUUAAGUGUCGGGUUUGCAACAAAGUCCUGAAUGCAGAAUAUAUCAGCAAGGAUGGGAUUCCAUACUGUGAAACUGACUACCAUGCUAUCUUUGGCAUUCAAUGUGAACACUGCAAGAAGUAUAUUACUGGGAAAGUACUAGAGGCUGGUGACAAACAUUAUCACCCCACCUGUGCUAGAUGUGCCAAAUGUGACCUGAUGUUCAAAGAAGGAGAAGAGAUGUAUCUUCAAGGUUCUACUAUUUGGCAUCCUCUAUGUAGACAGUCUGCAAAGAGUGAAGAAAAACAUAAGAAGCAGGUGCGGAUACACUUCAGUGAUGAUAUCUCACAGGUAACAAGAACUUCUUCUGAAAGUAUCACUUCUGUACCAGCAUCAAACACGUCAGGAUCUCCAAGCCGAAUCAUUUAUGCUAAACUUGGUGAUGAACUUCUUGACUACAGGGAUCUGGCUGCCCUUCCUAAAACAAAGGCCAUUUACAAUAUUGAUCGCCCAGAUUUGCUCACCUACUCUCCAUAUAUCACUUACCCAUCUGAUGACAGGCAGAGCUUCGGGGAGUCACCCCAGCUGCUUUCUCCAACACCUACAGAGGGUGAUCAAGGUGACAAAUCACCACGGCAGCAACGAGCUUCCAGCCCAAGCUCAACAAGCUCUUUGGGAUACGGAAGGUAUACACCAACACGUUCACCGCAGAACUAUAGCAGACCAGAACUGGCCUCUACUGGCACCUGUUCAGUAAGCUCUGGCAACUGCAGCUCUCUUCCUCUCUAUACCAGCAACAUUUCUACAUUUCGACAUAGCUAUGUCCCAUACUUUAAAGGCGGCAAGCAGGAUCCGAAUGAAACUAAGAUGCAGUUCCUCAGUUUGCCAAAUUACGGCAGUGAAAGUGGCCGGAGCACCCCCAGCUUAUCAGCAUAUUCAGACAGCAAAUCUCCCUCCUCCUCCUCCUCCUAUGUCCAAGCACCCAGGCACUUCCAUGUUCCAGAUACUAGGAGUAAAGAUAAUAUAUAUAGAAAGCCCCCUAUCUACAAACAGCAUGGGACAAGGACAUCAUGGCAAGAAGGUGACGAUUUGGAUCCGGACGGCAGAAAGAUUAAAACAAGCUGGCUUAUCCUAAAGAGUGAACUGGAUGCUAAAAGUGAGGAAUUAGACCCCAGAACAUCAACUCAUAGUCUGCCUACUGACACAGCAGAGUCACGAUUUCCCUACACAAAGUCAGCUUCUCUUCCAGGCUAUGGUCGGAAUGGCAUUAAUAAGACAACCAAUUUAGCCCAAUAUGAAACAGACCACGAUUCAACAUGGGGCACUCGAGAAUAUAAGGUUUAUCCCUAUGAAAUGUUAUCUGUGACAAACAGAGUUCGUGUUAAGUUGCCUAAGGAUGUGGACCGGACCAGGCUGGAGAGGCACUUGUCUCCAGAGGAGUUCUUUCAAGUUUUUGGAAUGACAAUUGAAGAGUUUGAGCGCUUAGCUCUCUGGAAAAGGAAUGAUCUGAAGAAAAAAGCCAGACUGUUUUGAAUGACAUAAUUAAAUCUCCAUUUUCAACUUGCAUUUUGAAGCUUAUAAGCCACUAAUCUCUCUAAUGGACCAUCCACUUACAAUUUCAUCAUGACUGCAAUGUGGAAAAAGUUUAUCAGAAUUUAGUCAGGAUAAAUGACAUACCUGUUUUAGAAUUGCUUGCUGUUCUCUUUUUAAAUUUGAUUUAGGUCCUGGUUUUCAAUUAGUAUGCAUUUUAAUUAAUAAUAUCUCAUUAACUAAUUCACAAGGCUAUUUUAAUGCUUUCUAAAGUAGAAGAGAGCAUUAUGUGUAUCUAAUGGCACCUUACUUUGUUUCUUAAAAUAGAUAAGAAAGAAACUUAAAUCAGUAUAAAAGUAAAACACUCGCAUAUAUCUGUAUAGUUUUUAUUUUGUAAGGCCAAAGAAUGACUACGGAGCUAAUUAGUUUCUUAAUUAAUUUGUGUCUUGUGCAGUUACAAAAUCUAUGAGGCAUCCAUUUCAGUUAAAUGUUUUGCAUGUAGUUGUGGGGAUAAACAAAUACAUUAAAUUAUAUAUUUUAUUUUGUAGCAAAAUAAUGAACACUGGCAUUUCUGUUACCUUCAAAUGAAAGUCAUGUAAAUAUAUUUUACAAGAAAUUGUGUAAGUAUAUUUUAACAUAUACAAUACGAUACAUUAUAUUUAUGUUUUAUGCAAGGAUGAUUUAUUUUUGUCCUUAUAUUGUUCAUUGGGAUGCAAUUAAAAAAAAGGAAAAAAUAUUUAUGGGAAAUUUAUUAUGUUGCUUACUAUGUACAUCAGUGAGCAAUUAUGCACAAAAAUGUGAGGAAUAGUUUCUUAUUCAAUAUUUAUGUCUUUACAAGUACAGUACAUUUCACCCCUUCUAUCAUAAUUGUUUUUAUAUUACUACAUAGUUUACUUUUAAUAUGUAAUUUUAUGAUAAGUAAAACCUUCACUUACAGUCCUUUCAUAUAAAUUAGUAACUUUCAUCAUCACAUUCAUAGCUAAUUUUGUAACCAAAAGGUCAGAGGAAGAAAAGAAUAGCAUUCUUAAAUCACAGUGAGUUCACCAGUGCAGAAGUCGAUGCUCCUAAACACUAAAGCAUUACCGCUUAUUUCAUAAAAAUCUUUAUUUUGUGUUUGAGGUAUCAGGAAGCUCAUAGCAAUAACAUGUUUAAGGUGUAAUCUUUUUUUCUAGUAAGAGCAACACUUUCCAAUGAAACACAGGCUUAUAUGCCAAAGGUACUUUGUGGCAGAAUUAUUGAUAUUCAUGCCCAAUAUGAGGAUUGUUGUACAAUGGUUAUUUAAACUGGAUAUCUGUUGUUUCAUACCAGUUAUUUCUGAAUGCUUCUUGACAUCCUGUAGCUUGAUUAACCAGAAGUGACCUGUUCGUAAGAUGAUUGACCUGUUUCUGUAGGGAGCACCUGCAUUCUGCUUAGGAGUCCUACAGAUACAUUGCUUAGAUGAGAAACCCCGUGGAAUUGCAUGGGUGUUAGCAGCAUCAGUUAUUGCAUGCAUUGUAUGAUAUUAUAGAUACAAAAAGACAAUGCAUUGGUUUUUUAAAUAAAUGUAGAGAUCGUUUCACUCACUACUGUUACUUCUUAACCCUAAUGACCCUUGCUCUUGGUGCAUAUAACACAGUCCACAGGCUAGUUUUUUAGCCUUCCAUACGUGAGCUGUUUUGUGCAUUUUCAGCAAUACACAAAACAAAUCACUUGCUUUUAUACUCUUUUUGUCUUUUUGAAACCUUGGCGAACAACUGCUGCUCUUGUUGCUGUUAUUAACAUUAAAGUAAAGACUCUACUAAGCCUUUGGGAAUGCUAGGAAUUCUAAAAUCCAUUUUCUUAUUUUAAGAAGGCGUUCUUGUAUUUUUCUUGCAACUGUGAUGUCAUUAAUAAUAACACAAAGUCAAAUGGCCUUUGAUUCCAGUAACCUUAUACACAUAUUUUUCUUUGUCUGUGGCUUAUUGAUUUUAUGUUUUUUCUUUAGUUUAUAAUGUAACAAAACUAGCUUCUUUUGUUUCCAAUAGUUUAGGUUCUGAUAUGCUACUUAGGGUGCUGAGAAUGACAAAAGCACUAAAUAUAGUUAUAUUUCAUAUCAUAUAAGUGAUGUCACAAAAGUAUUUAAUACAAUUAAUCACAAUUUCCAUAGCAUGGAAACAGGAAUUCAAAGAGUUUUUUUAUUUCCUUGUAUGUGUGACCCAAGCAAAUAAAAGGGUAAACUAUUGCAUUCACUUUGUUAAGUACAGUAUGGACUGUUUUAAAAAAAAUGAGCAGUAUUCAUACUUUGUAUAUCCUUGAUCCUUUUUAUAAGUAUAACAUUAUUUUAGGGUGUGCUUUUGCUGGUUUUUAAUAAUGCAUUGGUUAAAAAAAAGUGGCUUUCACAUUUCCACAUCAUUAUGAGUUUGGCCAGACUGUAGCAUAUUAGAUUAGAUUUGAUGCUCUUGGCUGGAAUAAAAACAUUUUAUUUUGCAAUGGAUAGCCUAUAGAGUACUUAUAAAAAGAACCUCCUUAUAAUUUUGUUGUUUUACCAAAUUGAAUUUAAAAUUCAGAUUGUUGCCAUAGAUCCAUGCAAAAAACAAAAGUUUAACAUCAAAAUGAAAAUUAAACACUAAGUAGAAAAUAUAUUUUAAAAGCCUUAAACUGUGCUUCAGGUCAAUAGUUUGACAGAAGCCCCUUAAUCUGAAAUUAAAGCCGUGAGUCUUAACAGUUUUUGCCUUUGUUUUUCAUGAAAUCACCUUGUCCUUCUCAACUUGAAUGGAGACCAUGGAGAACAGUAAUCUUCAUCUCCUGCUGUGCUGCACUUCUUUUGAGUCAACCUGAGGCUCUGAGUGUUUUUGUUUUGUUUGUAAACCACUCCAUUGUGGCAUUAGAUUUAUGGUGUGGGGUGUUCUCUGUUGGAACAUUAAAUCUUCACACAAGUUUUCAGGUCUUCCUUAAACUACAGCAGGGUUUCUUCCUGAAUUUCCCUACUCCAUCCAUUUUGAGUUCUGGCUUCACAUGUCUUCCAGGCCUUAAUACAAAGAAGCUUCUUAAUAAGGUUAGUUUUGGUCUUGUCAGACCACAUACUCAUCUUCCAGUCAUAUUUGUGACCGAUUUUCUUCCUUUCCGUUCCUUUUAAAGCCUUGACAAUGCUUUGGUGCCUUGCUGAUUUUCUUGUGUCCCUCCCCUCACUGGUGAUUUUCAAUAACCUUAUCCUGUAUGCACUUUGAAUGUUAAUUUGUCUUGUCUAAUAAUAGCUGUGUACAAUCCUGAACUCACUGUACACUUGUCAACAACAAUUUCUACAGCACAUUUUUAUUCAAAGGAUGUAGCUCAAAGUGCUUUGCAACAUGUCAAAGAAGUAGUUACAUGCAAUGAAAAACAAAUUAAAAUUGGACAACAAAAAUAAUAAAUACAUACAGUAGCAUACAAAAUAAAUAAUGCACACUUAAUUAAGAGAAAUAGAAUGCUUAAAUACAGAAUUGUCUUUUAUUUAAGUCUCUAAAUGAUAAGGACGGUUGGCCAGGAAGGACAGAAAAAUAAAAAUAACUCCAGAUAAAUUAGAGAAAUAAACAAAAUCUGCAGGGGAUCCAGGCCAAAAGACCAUCCAGCCCGUGCCGGGUCUUCUGCCUAACAUAAAUAUUCUUAAGUAGUUUGUAAGGCUUUGUCUUGAAGGAUUUGACACAGUGGGUC